CACCAGUUGUGCAAGAGGAAGGUGAUUUACCACAAUGCUCACACCAUUGGUAACUUUGGUUCUUCUUCGUUCAGUGUCUCUGACUCAAACUGCUGAGGUUCCUCCCCAGAUCUCCUUGAUGGUGGUUGGAAUUGGUCAAAAUGCAACUUUACAAUGUCAGGUUUCAGAGAAGGAGGGCAAAUUCUUCCAUUGGUACAAACAGACUCAUGGAUACCUGAUCCAAACAGUCGCCACAGGAACUUUUUCCAGGCAAACGCUCCAGGAGCAAUUUAGGAACUCGCGUUUCACAGUAACAGAGGGGAAGUCCCAUUAUUCUCUGACCAUCGCAAAUGUGGCGAAGGAGGAUGAAGCAACAUACUUCUGUCAAAAUGGAACGGCGUACUCACAGACCUUUGUUAAUGGCAUCUUCCUGGCUGUGAGCGGAAACAAGAAUCAGCAGAAAUCUGUUCUCGUGAAACAAAGUCCAGAGACUGAGUCAGUCAGACCAGGAGCCUCAGUGAUCCUCCAGUGUUCACUUCUCUUCAAGCACAAAGAGAACCUGGUCCAGUGUCCAGUGAACAACAGUGUGCACUGGUUCAGAGCCGGAUCAGGACGCUCCCAUCCCGGCUUCAUUUACACUCAGAGCAGCAGGAGAGAUGAACAAGAGGAGAAGAGCUGCGUCUACAGUCUGUCCAAAACUAUACACAACUCCUCAGAUGCUGGGACUUACUACUGCGCUGUGGUCACAUGUGGAGAGAUCCUGUUUGGUGAAGGAACCAAAGUGGAGACAACACAAGAGACUGACCUGCUGGUAAUUGUACUGGGGGUGCUGUUGGCUCUGUGUGUGAUUGUGAUUGCCAUCCUCGUUUCCUCAAAAUACUGAGGUAGGUGUGGUACCACUAUCAGUAUGUCAUUUGUAUUUAAAGAAUUCAGGAUCCAUGAUGUCAAAAAAGACUUGUUGAUAUAUAGGAAAUAAAUAUGGUAAAAAAAUAAGUUUGAACAUGACAUCAUUCACUCCGAUACUAAUUUGGUGAUAUUUCACUGAUCAAAACAAAUGGCGUACUUUCAACCCUCAUAAGAUCAUGAGAGAAACCUGCUGGACAUGUAACUGCAGUUUGAAACAAUCAUUGGUGAAAAAUAAUAAUCAUGCUUCCAACGUUUGUGCAAAAAUAUUUUUUGUCAGUUUUGACUUGGUCACACACCUUGUAAACUGGUACUACUGACCUCAAGCCUCGGAUCUAAAGCCAGAGCUUGUUUGCUUCAUCAUCAAUGAAGAUUAUGUUAUUUAGUUUGAUCAGUCCUCA